AUGAAGAUACUUUUCAUUUGUACCGCAUUCAACUCGCUCGCGCAGCGAACGGCCCUAGUCCUGCGUUCUCACGGCCACAGCGUAACAAUCGAAUACGCCCUCUCCCCCACCCUAAUGAUCUCGGCCGCAACGCUCUCCUCUCCUGAUCUCAUCCUCUGUCCGUUCCUCACCAAGCAUGUCCCUCCUGAGAUCUACCACAACUAUCUCACCCUUAUCGUCCACCCUGGUCCUCCUGGUGAUGCUGGACCAUCCGCUAUCGAUUGGUGUUUGAUCGGCGAUUUGGGCGAAGUUUCCCAUCCGGACGCACAACUUGCCUUUAUUGAUGCAAAGCACAGUACCAAGCGGGCACCAGCAACGAUGAGGAGUCACUGGGCUGUUACCGUCUUGCAAGCGAUCGAAGCGUUUGAUGCUGGACCGGUUUGGGCUUUUGAUCAGUUUGAGUUGACGGGGGAAGCGUGGAGUAAGAGUGAUUUGUAUAGGGGGCCGGUCACGAGGGCUGCAGUUAGCGCCGUGUUGGCUGCUGUCAAGAGGGUUGAGUUGGCUGCCAAGCAGGAAAGUGGCGAUCAAGUGAAUUGGUCGCCGAUGAAGCCCACUGUUGCUGCUCCAGCGAGGUAUAGGACGGAAUGCGUCUCCCGCGGUGUACCAUUCUUAGGUGGUCGCACCCACAAUAGGCCGCUACUCAGGGCAGGUCAGAGAGAUUUCUUCCCCUUGCUUCCUUCACCUGCUAAAGUCAAGUUGAGUGCUGAUGCCAUCCUCCAACGCAUUCGAAGUGCCGAUUCACAACCAGGCAUGCUUUCCACUCUCCUCGGUACACCCCUCUUCCUCUACAACGCUCACAUCCAACGCGAUCCUCUUCCACCCAGCAUCGCCUCGCGUCAAGAAAGCCUCAACACCUCCGGCACAAUCCUUGCAACUCGCCAAGGAGCAAUCCUUGUCGACGUCGGUGCCGAUUUCCCACUCUGGAUCGGUCACCUCCGUCGACCCAAAGCGAAAAGCGACAAAUAUCUCCACCCCAAACUCCCCGCUACAAUGGCUUUACUCUCUCUUCCCGACCUCGCUUCCAGCCUCUCCCUGCUCGAUCCACUCAAGGUACCCGAAUGGAGCCCGACGACAGGCUUCGGUUGCGAUCCUAACAAUCCUUACGCUCGUCGCCCGGGAACGUACCAACAAGUCUGGAUCGACAUCUCUACCUCACCCCGCACCUACUCACGCAUCGCCUAUAUCCAUGCAGAGUUUUACAAUGGCGCAUUUUCAACCCUCCAAUGCACUCUUCUCCUCUCGGCUAUAAAGCAUGCUCUCUCACUACCCGGCCUUAAGGCAAUUGUCCUUCUUGGUGGCAGCGGCUACUUCUCGAAUGGUAUAGCGCUCAAUGUCAUCGAAGGAUCCCCCGAUCCCUCAGCUGAAGCUUGGGCGAAUAUCAACGCGAUAGAUGACUGCGUUCAAGCGCUUCUCGCACCAAAGGGUGUAGUUACAUUCGCUGCUAUCCGAGGAAAUGCUGCUGCGGGGGGUCUUGCAAUGGCCACAGCGAGUGACUUUGUUAUCUCCACCGAAAGUGCAGUGCUUAACCCCCACUACAGAGGCUUAGGGCUGUAUGGAAGCGAAUGGCAUACCUAUAGCUGGUACCAGAGAUGUGGAGAGAGUGUGGCGAAAAAGUUCGCUAGGCAGAUGCUGCCCAUGAGUGCUACUGAAGCUCAGCGGCUGGGUCUUGUUGACUACCUCCUACACAACGACCGAAUCGGUGCUCAGGCGGUACUAGAGGAGAUCAAAGGUUUAGUAAAUGAAGUUAUGGAUGCGAACGUUUCACAGGUCAGCAGCAGUGCCGUUCUUGCCGCUGGUGCACCUUGGACUAGAUGUUUGAGGCUAGCUAGUGCGCAUCGUUCGCAAUCGACCUUACUCUCAGAGCAGAUCCUGCAGAACAAGACUCGAUACCUGGCCGAUCUCUUCGCCGAAUCCAGCUGCAACACUGAACCGAUGUCACUCGAAGGCCACUUUUUGCAAUAUCGAAAAGCAGAACUAGACCAAAUGACAUUGGACUUUUUCCACCCGCAUCGAAAGCAACGCUUCGCGAGCCGUUGCACUGGGUUCGUUCGCAAGCUCGUCCCAACUUCCACUCCUACUAGGUUCGCUUUGCAUCGUCGCUACUCUUCUCACCCUACUUCGGAAGCAGAAGAGUUGGAUGAGGAGGAAAAAGAUGAGUUUGAUGGUCUUGCUGGGAUUCCUGCUUCUGCUGCUGUUGCUCGACUGCCCGAUCACCACCCGGAACUCAUCCGAGUUCCCAGGGAGCAAGUUUCCAGAAAGGAACAAUCAUUCAGGGUUGGUCAAGACACAUUGGCUUCCACCGGUCAAAUUACUCCAGAACAAGAGGGGAGUCAGAGAAGCUCAACUUCAACCGCACCCACUACGCCAGCGGAAGGCAGUCCGAAGGCAGUCCUUUCAUUGGGUGAUGAAGAGGUGCACAGGAUGGAUAUCGAGACAACCCUACUCCAAGUCCCCUCCCCCUCUUCCAACACUGGCCUAGCUUCCUUCACCAGCCAGGGUACAAUCAAGUGCGCACCUGCAGCAAUCUCUUUCGCUGCUGCAGCUGGCACCCAAGACAAAGUCCGAGUUGUUGCUACUCGAACCUGCCCAACGACCCGAGAGGAAGGGGUGAAAAAAGGAAGACUUGAACGUUUCUUCGCUUCACUCAGUCGAAAAUCUCGCUCAAACCUGCUCGACCCUACCCGUACCCCUUGCUCUACUGUUGCAUCCAAACCAGUGCCGGUACUGUCCCCAUCCCCACCGAUCCUCAAGGAGAACAAAGUGGAUCCGACGUUCAAAGCAAAACGUCGAUCAUCAAUCUCUGAAGUUUUGUCUGUUCUUCAAAAUUCUCCUUCUCGCACCACCCCGCAGGCAACGGAAGGCGGCCCGAAAUCCGAAAGAAGGAGAUCAUUGAGACCCACUCCUUCCGAAGGUUUUUCUCUCUCUUAUGAUAGGGGAAUGAGGAUGACGCCCAGGAUUGUUGAAGAGAAUUUGGUUUUGAGUGAAGAAUUAGCUGGCGCGCCCACUCCACCGAAGGAGGGCGAGAAGGGUGAGGAGGGUGAGGGGUGCUUAUGGAGUUGUUACUAUGCAGAAAACGGAGGGGAGAAGAGGAGAGUUUUGAGGGCUACUAGUGAUACUGCGUAA